AUGUUUCAUAUUCCGUGCGAUGCCGAUCGUUCGUCUUUCGCAAGUUUGGUCGCAGUUCUUCAAGCUACAGGGAAUGCACCCCACGUUCGCAAGCUGAGCUCUGCUGGGAUAAAGUCCGCUAGGGACCUGGAGAACGCCCCAAGGUCGCAGGUCCGAGCCAUUAUCGGAAACGCGGCGAUGGAUCGCCUUUGUCUUUCGCAGCCAGCUCGUGCCCAGGUUCGCCACGACAUCCCGGAAGUGCACCCAUACGCCAGAGGUUCGCUGCAGAGGAUCGGCUUGGCACCGGGUCCCGAUAACGAGAAGGUGGUCGUGGACUUAGCGCAAGCAGACCGCGAGUUUCUUCAGGAUCGUUUCGCUACAUCGUCUCAAGCGCCGCGCGAGAGUCGUUGGGCGACGUGGACCCUCAUGGCCGCAAAGCGACAGAUGUCGCCGCUUCCAGUGACUGUGGAGCUGAUUUUCGCGAUAGGAGCAUUGAUGAAGGUUGGGCGGUACCGCUCUGCUGCCCAAUAUUUCGCUAUUGCAAAAUCGCGCCACAUUGAAGUUGGUCACACUUGGUCGCAGCAGCUCGACUUGGCCCGUGCACAGGCCAUUCGUUCUAUCAUGCGCGGCAUUGGCCCGGCAGCAGCAAAGCUCAACAUUUCUUUCGAUCAUGUUCGUUUAGACUUCAGUUUCGCUCUGGCCAAGGCGUACACCGAACUGGAAGUGCCCAUGUCGCUGAGAGUGAAAGAACCGUUCGCCACAGCGAUUACUGCACUGUGGUUCCUUCUCCGGGGAAUCGAGGUCGCGGGUGUUAAGGGCGAGGAUGUUCGGUUCAACAGAUCCGAGCGAGCUGUUACAGUUCGGCUGCCCGUUAGCAAAACGGACCUCGAAGGAAAGGAAUGUGAGCGACGGCAUGUCUGCAUCUGUUCGCUGGAACACGAGCCACAGUGCCCUCAUUCAGAGGACAAGGCCACGAUGUUUACGUCCCUACAGAAGUGCAAGUGCAGUUCGGGAAGACACCCUUUGUGCGUGUUUCACGCUUUGUUGGAACUGAUCGUUCGCAGAAGGAAGUCGGGGUCGUACGACCCGUCUCAGCCGCUUUUCGGUGAUGGUCAGUCCGCAGUCUCCCAACGCCAGAUGACUCAGUUGGCGCGGAUUUGCGCUUUCGUUUUGCAUCAGGAGACGCUGUACGAGUGGUCGCCGACCGCUUUAGAGAAAUGGUCACAACAUUGCUUCCGCGUUUCGGGAGCUCAGCUUUUCGCAAGAGCGGGGGUACCCCUGCCGGUGAUUCAAGUGAUUGGUCGCUGGGGCUCCAUGUCCGUGAUGAGAUACGUGCAAGACGCAAUUUUCGUUCCGGACCAGACUGCUGCACAGGUUCGCUCGGCCCUUACUUCCGCUCCGAGCUCAGCGAGUGCUUCUUCAUCGAGCCAACCUCAGGCGCAAGGGGUUUCUGCUGACGCAGUUGAGUCAGUCGUUCGCCGAGUUGUGGCCGAAUGCUGGCAGAACAAGGCGGUUUUCGUGCAUAAUACGCGAACCAAGUUCGCUCACAAGCCGUGCGAGAAUGAACAGGCUUUGCAGAGCUUCGACUGGGUGUCCGCAUGCGGUCGCUGGCACUACGGUUCGUCUAAUCAUCUUCGGCACCCGUCUGUUUUACCGGGAUUCUCCAGAUGUGCUAAGUGUUUUGCUGAGGAACAAGCGGUUCGCAGCUCUCAGGACCAGCAGCCAGUAGCUCCCCCUAGCGAGGAGUCCGGCGACUCCGAAAGCAUGACGACGUCUUUGGCAGGUUCGCUUCCCAAGUUCGAGGACCUGGCCACCUCCGCGGGACUCGACAAGCAAGUCAUCGUGUUCCUUCGUGAUCGCGGAGUCACGAGCUCUGGAGUCUUGUACCACUUGUUUGCAGAACGAUCGAAAAUCGGUCGCACCUUGGAGCCCCUCAAACUCGGAGUGAAGAUCGGCGAGAACACCCUCAAGCUGGACGAGGUCGCCCUGGACGUGGCGGUGGCCUCCCUCGAGCACAUCGUCGACGAGAUCGAGUUCGCUAGAACGGCACACUUGCAGCCGACGGCGGCACCACCCAGUUCGCAGCCUGCACAGAGUUCGCCCGCUACGUCGACGUCAGAUCCGUCGAAGGCCCCUAAAACCUUGCCCAAAGGCUAUUGGGCCAAGCGCAUCAAGGACUUCGAAAGUUCGCAGAUAGAGGGUCGCAACCGGGUUUUCCCGGUGCACCUUCUGGUCGGCGCGGAGGAGACGCUCGCCAGGAUGGUCUUCGAGUUUGAGAGUUCGCGCUUGUUCACUCCCGUUAAAUUGGGAGAGGUGAUCUCCUCCAGGAAUUUCACGCCGAGUCGCCAAGUGAACCCGUUCGCUAAGACCGAGGACCGCUUCACAGAGGCUUUGUCGCUCGACCACAGUGGCGCAUUGGUCCGCAAGGACCGCCGCAUCCCUGAGCCUCAGAAAGCUCUCACGGUCAUUGAUGCGCUUGAGGCAGUGAGAUGGGCCAUGAUUUUCGCUCGUUGGGGGGAGGAGUUCGUCAUCGGCCAGUUCGUGGACUUUUUCAUCAACCUCGUUCGCGACAACCAGAACAAGAUCCCCCAGAUCCGCGAGUACUACCGCAAGUCUUCGUGGGACUUGGCUAUGCAUCUUCGCGCAGAAGGUUCGUUCCAGGAGGGCGUCAACAAGAUCAUAACUAACACGGAGCGCCACGAUGCCCUUGCGAAGUGGAUGCCUCCCGACGGCAAGGGCAAAGGCAAGGACGCCGACGGCAAGGGCAAGUCGAAGGACUGGCUCGGCAAAGGCAAGUUUCGCACACCAGCCCCGUACACUCCAGCAGGCCCAGGUAGCGCGUCAAGUCUGCCGCAGAUCCCAGUUCAGCCUUCCGUUUCGCCCAAGCCCGUCGCGAACUCAGGCCAUAAGUCAGGCAAGGUCGCAUUGCUCUCCUUUUUCGACGGCAUCGGCAGUGCUCACCAAUCACUGCUGGACCUUCAGAUACGGCCGGUCGUAUCGUGGUCAUGGGAGCUCGACGAGGACUGCCACAAAGUGGUUCGCUCUAGACACCCCGAAGUUACACAGCAGGGAGAUGCGAUGUCCGCAGAUCCGGUCAAAGCGGCCACAGCCUUGCAGGAGCAGUGCCCCGCAUCGACAUUCGUCCUGAUCGCAUGCGCGCCGCCGUGCCCCGAUUUUUCGCAGAUCAAGGGCGAGGCAGCGAAAGGGACAGCAGGUUCGGAAGGCCAGAAGCUCGCUCAGUGGGUCCACCAGUGGUGGAGACCGUUCAAGCAGACUUGCAAGCUCAAGUUCGCGCUGAUCCUCGAGAACGUCGUCAUGGCCAAAGAGACACAAGCAGCACUUGACGACUUGCUGGGAACGAGAUCGUUCGUCUGUGAUGCAGCUUCGUUCGGACUCGUGAGCCGCCCUAGGUUGUGGUGGUCGACACACAUCGAGCCGCCAGACCCGUCCGACACGGCCGCGCCACAGAUUGCAUCAGGAAUGGCACGCUGGCGACGCUGGAACCGCCAGUGGGAGUUGGUGCCGUCCAGCUCGAGGUUUCCAAGGCAGGUCGCAACGCUGUGCAGGGUUGGGAAGUUUAGCGAGCAGGUCGAGUCGGGUUCGGUUCGCUUUCCGUGUUUGACCACGCCAGCACCUACGUCGGAGGGUCGCCCUCCUCCUCCUCCUCCUCCCAAGAGGAAGCGCGACGAGUCGCCAGAGACUUUGAGCCGUUGGCGCAAAGACGGACAACAGUUCGCACCGUGGCAGUACCGGGCGUACGCCCUGGUCGAAGAGAAGGGCAAGCUUGGCGCCCCUUCGUCGGCGGUCCGCGAAUUUCUUCAUGACUUUCCGGAAGGAUACACCAAAUCAGCCCCUGAGAGGUCGCGAUGCAGACAACUGGGCAACUCGUGGCACCUGCCAACAAGUCGGUUUCUUUUGUUCGUGAUCCUGCUCGCCGCCAAGGUCGUUGAGGUGACUUCUCAACAAACUCGCCAGUGGUACGACGAGAAGCCGUUUCCUACGUUCGAGCUCCGGUACCAUCCCGAUGGGUCGCGACCUUUUCUCAGAGCAUGCUCAUGGUGGCGACGAAGUGGAUGUAAAUGGGACCCGAACGAACCCGAACAGGUUCGCCUCACAGGUCCUUCCGACAACGAGCGAGACCACGUCGCUUGGUCAACUUCGCUGACUUGGGAGGAAGCGUUCCCCGUCAACGUGAAUCCUUGCCUCGAGUUCGCUUUUCAGCAACAAGAGCGACUGGGACCAAAGCUCAACCACUGGAGAAGCGAGGUGGUCGACGACAUCUCAGUGUUCGUGGACGAGCUGGAGAAUGAACAAGUUGAGUGGAUGUCGUCCGCCCCGCCUCACGUUCAGGAAGUCUACAAGCAAGGCACAAACAAGUUCGCCGUGAAGUUGCUCGCGUUCUCACACCUGCUCUACCUUCUCGAGUUCCCCGAGUGGCAGGACUUGGUAAGCGAGCUCUUCUGGGGUUUCAAGUUGCUUGGUUCGCUUCCGCCCGGAAGCGAGUGGUUACUGCGACAGGACAGCAAGUACUCCUCACCGUGGUCUAGAGAGCAGUUCGUUUCGUUAAACAAGGCACACGCGUCGCGACUUCUUUCCUCCUUCAAGGUCGACGAGCACUCUGCCGCAAUCAAGAAGGAGGUUCUCUCAGAAAAAGACAAAGCCAGGUUCGCGGGCCCCUUCUCGGACGAGUGGCUAAGGCAACAAUCCGCGGAACACCAGGUCUUUGUCGCCAAGGCCUUCCACGUGGUUCAAGGAGACAAAGUUCGCAGAGCAGACGAUUGGCUCAGGAGUGGCCACAACGCCACAGUAUGGGCUUCGGACUGUCCGCCAUAUCAGGGGACACCCACGGUCGCUUCUUCGGUGAGAAGAUCAGCCAAGACCUGUCGACCUACGUUGUCGGCGGUCGACCACGAAGGUGCUUAUAGGAACUUUCCAGUUCGCAACCCGAGGGAAUGUGCGACGCUGCUACCAGAAGAAGGAGGCAACGAACGGGUCUGGCUUCACCAGGUCCUUCCUUUCGGAUCCUCCGGAUCCGUAUGGGGCUACAUUCGUUUCGCCGAUGCAGUGUGCUUCCUGUCGAUUUCGCUUCUCAACAUAGCAGCCGCUCAUUUCGUGGACGACUUCUACAAGUGCGAGUCCGAAACAACUGCCACACCUUCGUUCGCAUCCUUCCAGAAGCUUCACCGCAUCAUCGGUACGAAGAUGAAGGAGGCGAAGGCCAAACCCCCGGCGAAGUCACAGACACUGCUGGGGGUCGAUUGGCAGAUCACCGACGAGUACUUGUUCGCCUCGGCGGGCAAGAAUCGCAUCGACAAGCUGUCCGAGCAAAUCAGCCAGAUCUUGUCGGUCGACAUUUUGCAUCCGCAUGAUGCCGCCAAGCUCGCCGGAAAGCUGAAUUUCGCGUGUUCGUGGGUAUUCGGUCAGGCCGAUGCAGAUUCCGCUAAGACCUUCAGAAGAGAACGACUAGCUUUUCGGUCCGAAGUAAAGCAGGACGUUCUCGAGAAGACAGCAACUUCCAAGGCUUUCAUCUUUUGGUUGGAGAUGCUGGCCCAAGUUCUGUCAGUGAUCGCGGUCGCUUCUGGAGUUCGUGGACAUGUCCUGUGCUUCGUGGACAAUUCGGCAGCGGAGCACGCUCUUCAGAAGGGCUUCUCGAAAGACGGCCUCUUCACAAAAGUGUUGGGAUGUUUCGCACGAUUCUUGGCCUCAAGGAGUAUCGCUUUGAGUUUUCACCGCGUUUCGUCGGCAGCCAAUGCAUCCGACGGAGUUUCGCGAGACAAUUGGUCGUUAGCUACGGAACUGGGCUGUGUCCGGCAAGAGUUCGAGUUCGCCAAAGCCUACGACUG